AUGCCAGGUGCAUAUUUACAAACCCUAACAGACGACUUCAUCAACGUGCUGAAAUCUGAGAACAAAACUUACGCCUCAGUCGGAUACAGUGUCGGUUAUGGCUACGGUCGACAAUUCAUCGACAGACGGACAGAUUGGAGGGAUGUCAUUCUACCAGCGACUCCUUUCCACUCUCCCGGAGUCCAAUCUAUGAGCUACGUAAUCCGGGGAUUAGAAUCCGGGCAAAAUUACGAAGCUAAAGUUCAGGCGAGGAACAAAUUCGGCUGGAGCCCCAUAUCGGAAGCUUUUACAUUCCAGACGACGGAUUCAGGUUGGUAUUAG